AUGGGUGAUCCUCAAGCAGCUGCGCCAGCUCAGCAUGGGCUUCACAACUCCAAAAAGAGACCUCGCAAGUUCAUAUCUGACUCCUCAUCACAGGCACCGCCAGGGAAGAAAACCCUCUUUGAACAGGAGUGGUAUGAUAUGAUGGAGGAGCCAACUCCCAUGUCAGAUUCACUACUUAUCACUGCCGUUUUAGACUAUAUAAACACCUGCGAGAGCCCGGCUUUGACGGAUCAAAUCGACACUUGGCUCGAAGAAACAUAUCCCUCUGAAACCAGUUACCCGUACUCGGACAUCAUCAUCCAGAACCCCACACAAAUACCUCGAGAAAGAUACGUACGAUCAGCAACUCCAAGUAUGCCUCGCCGUAGGGUACAAGCCAAGAAGGUCCGGUUUAGCAGCCGAGUUUCUAUCGCCAGAACCACCAGCGCUGCAAGUUCGUCUGGCCAACGGAGUAGAAUCUCGAGAGAGCCCUCGAUUUCAGGAACUGUAUCUCCAGGGCCUGCAUCUCCCAGAACCACUGGCUCACUUGUCGAGAACCCACAAUACGAGUCUUUGAAUCUGGCCGCAAACAACAUUAUUUAUCGCGACCGCCGCGAAGAACUUCCAAAACAUAUUUCACAGCUCGCUCAAAAGAUCUCAAGUGAUAGACAAUUACUAGAUAUUUCGGUCCAAGAUCUCUAUGCCGACGAUGCUCUUGCUGCUCUGGAACGAGGAGCUGGUGAGCCUAACGUGGAACAAUAUAUACAAAAUACACUCGUUACCUUGCCGCCUCGAAACGAUAUACUAAAGCGAAGCGACAAAAUCCCCAUGUCCAAGUGGACCAUACCCAAUACCAGAACUGCGUAUCGAGUUAGUGGUCCUGUUCCAGACAUUCUGCUUGGUUACAAUUUCGCAACCGCAUUUACUCCUCUCCAACGAAUGAAACUCGCUUCGAUGCAUCUGGAUUCAUCAAACAGGGACGGUCUCUGCCUGCCAUUUCUCAUUGUCGAGCUCAAAGGCGAUGGCCCCUCUAGCAACGAGAUGUUGAACGAAGAGCUCAUGGGACUCGGACACAAGGUUAUCAACCCAAUUGACACAUCUUCCUUUAGCGUUUCGAUGAACGGAACAGAGGCGCGUUUGUGUAUAAUAUGGAAGGAAGAGCAGACAUUUCAUGUCCAAAAGAUUCGAACCUUUGCUCUUCAAGAGGCACAACAGUUGUUGGAGUUUCGCAAGUGCGUUCUCAACAUUAUGGACUACGGUAGAAAUGAACGUCUUGAGAGCAUCAGAUCUGGACUUGACCUUUUACCUGAGGAGGGAUUGGAUAGAUCAGGGCUUGACCUCGUAUCUGACGAGGAAUUGGAGGCACAGGGAAUAAACGUCCGGCGGCUACGAAGUCGAAAUAUUGUGAGGUAG